CAUGACGACUGCAAGCAUGGUUUCUGUUUUACCUCAAGACCCCAGCCUGCCCUGUGUUCACUUCUUUACAGGAACUCCCGAUCCUGACCGAUCUGUUUUUAAGCCUUUCGUAUUUGUGCCACAUAUUUCACAACUGUUGGAUACCAGUUCACCCACAUUUGAACUUGAAGACCCAAUAAAAAAGAAACCAAAGCCUGACAGAAGACACCCACUCUACCAAAAACAUCAACAGGCAUUGGAAAUAUUAGAAAAUAAUAAGGAAAAAGCUAAAACUUUGUUGGACAACAUGAAGAAACUGGAGAAAGAACUAUUUGAAGAGAUGGAAUCAAUGCUUCAAAACAAGCAUUUUGAUGUGGAUAAGAUUGUUAAUCUCUUUUCUCAAAGUACAAAAGAUGAAAUUAGAAUUUAUAACUCAAGUAUCAGUUCGUAGAUACUAUUACCUUACAAAUGAUAUAACCUAGUUGGAAAGAUCUAAUUUUCUUUAAUAGCAUCUUGUUGAAAUAAUGAGAAAAGAUAAAUGCUGGAAUUAGACAGAUAUAUCCUGGAAUAGCUAAGUGUUACUCCAGGUUCGCACUUGUGUCAUUUUGUUUUUAACAAUAGUAACUUUUGUUUGGCAGAAUAAUUUAUUGCUACAUAAAGGGUGAAAGAUUAUAAUCAUACAUUAAUUUAUGUUUACUGUAAUCAUGUAGUGCUUUAAAAUAACCAAUUACAUCAAGAAAACAGAUUCUUCAUUAAUAAUGGAAAACACUUCAAAUGGCAAGUUUUUAUUUUCUUUUAGGCAACACCGACCACUUCUAACAAGAAAAAUUUUUGGAUUUACACAUUAUGUCUUUAUCAGUAUAGUGAAUUAAUUUUAUAAAUGUGAUUUUAUUAAAUUCAAACUUUUUUGUCAAGACAUGGCUGAUCAGAUAGCUUACAAUUCUAGUUAGCAUGAGGGGGAUGAAUUCUCUUUAAUGGACUUUUCAACUAAUAAGAUAUUUUUAGAAGGGCUUAUCUGGGAGAUGUGUGAAUG